AUGACUAUUAUAAUAAGAUUAUGCAAGCAAUUAAUUAUGGCAAUUCAUUAAAAGUAGCAGUCUUUAAUAAUGGUAUGAAAACUAAUGCAUUAGCAGAAAAGAUGAUAGGAAGGUUUACUCCUAAUCCAUUUAAUAAUGGUGCUG